AUGCUAAACAUUCAUCUUGAAGAUGAUCAUUUGCUCAUGACACCAGCAGGUUGCAUACUGCGUGGCAUUGUCGAGCUCAAUCUCGAUCAACCCACAAAGUUGCGCAACAUCACCCUGCGUUUGACGGGCCAUAUACGCAAGCAGCAAACAAUCCCACUCGGAAAUGGAUUGAAUCACUACGAACAUCAGGUCCAGAAUAUUCUACAAAAAUCCGUAUCCUUGCUACCCAACGAUAAACCUAUCCAUACAUUGCCAGCCAAGUCUUACAUUCGCGACUUUUGUUUUGUGGUUCCUCCCGAUGUGCCCGAAUCGACACGUGUUGGCAAUGAUACAUACGUGGUGCGAUAUCAAAUUGAAGCGGUAGCUGAACGGCCGACUGUAUUCUUGAGAAAUUACAAUUGCAAACGCACCAUCCAUAUCAGCCGUGAACCCGAAUCUGGUGCCGGUGGUAAUGGAAUGAUCGAAGAUGGCGUCCCACAAGAAGAAGCAAGUCAUCUUGAUUAUGAACCUUUCACCUUGGCAGACCAAUGGCACAAUCGUCUCGAUUACAUGUUCACUAUUCCAGUGCGUGCUGUACGCCAAGGUGAACAAAUCGUGCUAUCAGGCCACAUGGCAGCAUUGACACCGCAAGUGGAUAUCAUGCAUCUCUCUUGUCAGCUUGUGGAAUAUAGUGUAUGUCGCACAAUUCGUGAUGGGCGCACCAACAAGCCUCGUAACCAUAGCCGUGUCGUCCAAGAAACGGGUCUUUUGCGUCGUGGCUUCGACCAAAUCUCACUUCCUAUCACUGUUCCCGCUUCUCCUGAAAAGUGCCAAGCCGAUUGCUUCAACCAAAACGUCAAGAUUCGCCAUCGUCUCAAGAUCUUUUUGCAUGUCAUGGACCCUGAUUACGACGAUCGCGUUACCGAAAUUCGCCUCUCAAUGCCCAUCAAGAUAUGUCCUUCAUUCCGUCCUGCCACACACAAGGGUAACGAUAUCCCUUCGUACGAAGAUUGCACUGCGUCAAUGCCCUAUGACCCUUUGUUGAUGGCCGAGUUGUUGCGCCAUCCUCCUCAAAGCGACUUGCCAAGCUAUGCUCACGUUAUCGCUGCAGCCACGGGUCCUUCGUGUGCAAUCCAAGCUCAACAUUUCACUACAGGCAACGCUUUACCCAACUAUGAUGACAUUGUUCCUCGUCAGUGCUUGUAA